AUGGGCCUCCUAACGAUCAUCCGUAAAAACCGCCAGAAAGAGAAGGAAAUGCGCAUUCUCUUCCUCGGCCUCGAUAACGCAGGAAAGACAACGAUCCUCAAGAAGCUGAAUGGCGAGGAUAUCAUGGGCAUCAGUCCAACACUAGGCUUCAACAUCAAGACCUUCGUGCAUGGCAAUGCUUUGAACAUAGGGGAUGUCGGUGGCCAACGCACCCUCCGCCCAUACUGGCGUAACUACUUCGAGCAGACCGACGCACUCGUGUGGGUCGUCGACUCCGGCGAUCGCAUGCGCAUGCAGGACUGCAAGCAAGAGCUGCACAGUCUCCUGCUCGAAGACCGACUGGCCGGCGCAUCGCUCCUGAUCUUCGCCAACAAGCAAGACAUCCAGGGAUCGAUGUCCAGUAACGAGAUCCGUGAAGCAUUGGAUCUCGACUCCAUCAAGUCGCACCACUGGCGGAUACUCGCUUGCAGCGCCAUCACUGGGGAGAACCUCGUCGCGGGCCUCGAUUGGGUCGUCGACGACGUGGCGAAUCGACUAUACUACUCGACCACAUCGUCUGCAUCGGGGCGCUGGCAAUCUGAAGCGGGGGCGCAUGGCACUGCCGUCACUGUAGCAUAA